AUGAAACUAGAUGAUGCCUUGUGGGCAUAUCAGACGGUUUAUAAGACACCCAUAGGCAUGUCACCAUAUGCAUUGGUAUUUGGAAAGGCUUUUCAUCUACUGUUGGUACUAAAAUAUAAAGUGAUGUGGGCGGUUAAGAAACUUAACUUCAAUCUUAAGGCUGUAGGAGAAGAGAGAAAACUUCAACUACUAGAGCUGGACAAGUGGAAAUUACAAGCGUAUGAAAAUUCCAAAAUUUACAAAGAAUGCACCAAGCGAUGGCAUGAUAAACGUCUUUGCAAGAAAAAUAUCAAGGCAGGUCAAAGGGUAUUGUUGUUUAACUCUAGGCUACAUCUCUUUCCUGGAAAACUGAAGUUGCGUUGGUCCAGACCUUUCAUAAUCAAGGAUGUAUUCCUGCAUGGAGCAGUGGAAUUGACCAACGAAGAUGGGACCAACGCAUUUAAAGUGAAUGUUCAAAGGGUAAAGCUGUACCUUGGAGGGGAUCUCCAACGCGAGAAAACCUCCAUUGACUUGGGUAAGCCAGAAUAA